UUGUUUGUUUAUUUGUGACUCCUUCUGUGGUACAGUAGAGUACAUGGCUCCUGAAGUGGUGAACAGGAGGGGACACAACCAUACUGCUGACUGGUGGUCGUACGGAGUCCUUAUGGUAGGUGUUUGUUUGUUUGUUUGUUUUAUUUGUGGCUGGUUCUGUGGUACAGUAGAGUACAUGGCCCCUGAAGUGGUGAACAGGAGGGGACACAACCAUACUGCUGACUGGUGGUCGUACGGAGUCCUUAUGUUUGAGAUGCUGACUGGUGCCUUACCAUUCCAAGGACAGAAUAGGAAGGAUACAAUGACAAUGAUUCUCAAGGCCAAGCUGGGCAUGCCCCAGUUCCUGAGUCCUGAAGCACAGAGUCUGCUGAGGAUGCUGUUCAAGAGGAACCCACAGAACAGACUAGGUGCAGGUGCAGAUGGUGUAGAAGAGAUCAAGAGGCAUAAUUUCUUUGCCAGUAUCGACUGGGAGAAACUGUUGAAGAAGCAGGUGCCGCCACCUUUCAAACCGGCCGUGACUCGAGACGAGGACGCUUUCUACUUCGACACAGAAUUUACAUCCAGGACGCCCCGAGACUACCUUAGCAAGGGUUGA